AUGUCGACCAGCCUGUCGUCAGAGGUCGCAACGCUGACAGCCUUUAUCAAACCCCUCACAAACCCACAACUGAAAGAUUUGUUGAGGUAUGAGGGCCUUCAGGUAUCCGGCUUGAAGGCAACCCUCCAGUUCCGCAUUAUUCAACGAAUCCAAUCACUCGCGGAAUCUGACCCUGUCAGUUUCGAUGCUCUCGCCAGGCGCAUCCGUGCUACUGCUUUCCCAAAUACUGUGCCAUAUCAAUCACCCACUAGACCACAAUACCAGCCAUCGCCUGUUUCUCAAUCCCCUGCACAGGCUCGAUCUGCACCGCUUGGGGUUUCCAUGUCACCUCACCCAUACUCUGGUCCGAGUGCUCCUCUCAUGAAACCCCCUGUGGCUGCUCAUAAAUCUCCAGGUCCUUUGAUUUUCAAAGAAAGUCCAUUUUACACAAUCCUUGAGCCGUUGACCCCAAUCGUGGAGUGUAAAGUUCGCGAACAAACACGGGACAGUGUUGAACUGAAGGUCAUGUUAUCCCAGCAAGUUGCCUAUAAGCUGCAAACCGACUCAAAUCUUCGAGUGAUGGUUUAUUGCGCCGGUGAUUCAGGCCUCACACAAUACACCAAGUCGGACGUCGCAUUCCCACACCAGGUGGAACUUAAAGUAAAUCUCGAUGAAGUCAAAGCCAAUCUCAGAGGUCUGAAAAAUAGACCGGGGACUACACAGCCUGCAGAUGUAACCAACUGGAUUCGCAAAAAGCCCAACUACCCAAACAAUAUCGUCAUGACUUAUGCAUUGACACAAAAGAAAUUCUUCGCGCUUGCCAACCUCGUGAAGCAGCAUCCGACUGAUGAUCUUGUCUCGCAAUUGAAGACACGGAAACUCAUCUCGAAGGAACAAGUCUUACGUGAAAUGCAAAACCGCGCAAAUGACUCGGACAUUGUCGCGACAUCAAGCGUCAUGUCACUUAAAUGCCCUCUAUCUACCCUGCGCAUCCAGGUGCCUUGCCGCUCUAUCGUUUGCACACACAACCAAUGCUUCGAUGCAUCUUCAUUUCUUGAAUUACAAAAGCAAGCUCCAACUUGGACCUGCCCUGUGUGUUCCAAAGCGACUAGCUUCGAAUCUCUCCAAGUCGACCAGUACGUUGAUGACAUUCUACAGUCAACGUCACCUGACAUUGACCAAGUCACCGUUGAACCCGACGGCGUAUGGUCAAGCCGCACUGAUUCCGACGCGACAAAAUUGGGAGGGAUGACUCCCGCAUCUGAUGACGACGACGACUUGAUUGAGAUCAGCGAACCUGGGAUGCCCGUUGUCAAACAGGAACCGGGACCCACGAAUAUCGCCCUGGAGCGAACACCUGCGCAGUCACAGUCACGAGAGGCAUCAACCCCAUCCUCUGCGAUGCGCAUGUCCAGCAAAAAGCGACCCAUUGCUCAGGUCAUCGACCUUACUGAGAGCGGUGAUGAAGAUGAAGAGUCCCCCGUUCCACCCCCUAAAAGGCCAGUUUCAAGUCUGCCAUCCCGGGCUUUUUCUCGUCAGGACUACCAUAUCCCACCUGCCAGCAGCCCUUUGAAUGGCGGGUCGUACCCACCGUGA